AUGGUCCAUCACACACGUCCCACCCGUGCAGAGAGCAGCGAUGUGGCCAAUGCGGUGCUGGACGGAGCCGACUGCGUCAUGCUGUCUGCAGAAACGGCCAAAGGACACUUCCCUGUAGAAGCUGUUGCCAUGAUGCACUCAAUCUGUCGCGAGGCCGAGGUGGCCAUUUUUCAUCAGCAGCUGUUUGAAGAGCUGUGCCGUUUGACCCCGCUGAGCUCCGACCCCACAGAGGUCACGGCCAUCGGAGCCAUCGAGUCGUCCUUCAAAUGCUGCGCUGGAGCCAUCAUCAUCAUGUUUUGCUGGGAUCUCCUCAUGCUGCUGCUGAUGGUGGGAAACCUCAUCAUCCUCCCGGUGGGAAUCACCUUCUUCAAGGACGAGAACACUCCUCCGUGGAUCAUCUUUAAUGUGGUGUCGGACACGCUCUUCCUGGUGGAUCUGGUGCUGAACUUCCGCACCGGGAUCGUGAAAGAGGACAGUACGGAGAUCCUGCUGGACCCCAAGGCCAUCCGCCAGCGCUACCUGAAGAGCUGGUUCCUCGUGGACUUCGUGUCCUCGAUCCCGGUGGAUUACAUCUUCCUGAUGGUGGACCUGGAAGCUCACCUGGACUCAGAGAUCUUCCACAUGACCUAUGACCUGGCCAGCGCGAUGGUGCGGAUCGUCAAUCUGAUUGGCAUGAUGCUGCUGCUGUGUCACUGGGACGGAUGUCUGCAGUUCCUGGUGCCGAUGCUGCCAUUGGCCAGUCAGCCAGAUGGCCCCGCCCCCAAACACAAACGUCAGACAGAUCAGUGUGAAAGAGUCACGGGUUUGUUUGAAGCUCAGAAUGACACGUGGGGCAUCCAAUACACAUAUGCACUGUUUAAGGCCAUGAGUCACAUGCUGUGCAUCGGUUACGGUGCUCAGGCUCCAGAGGGAAUGACGGACGUCUGGCUCACGAUGCUCAGCAUGAUCGUGGGCGCGACCUGCUACGCCAUGUUCAUCGGUCACGCCACGGCCCUCAUCCAGUCCCUGGACUCCUCACGCCGACAGUACCAGGAGAAGUAUAAGCAGGUGGAGCAGUACAUGUCGUUCCAUAAGCUUCCAGCAGAUGUCAGGCAGAAGAUCCACGAGUAUUAUGAACAUCGAUACCAGGGCAAGAUGUUUGACGAGGACAACAUUCUGGGAGAGCUGAGCGAGCCCUUAAAGGAGGAAAUUGUUAGCUUCAACUGCCGAUGCUUGGUGGCUAACAUGCCUCUCUUCGCUAACGCCGACCCAAACUUUGUAACGGCAGUGCUAACGAAGCUGAAGUUUGAGGUGUUCCAGCCCAAUGACUUCAUCAUUCGCGAGGGAACUGUCGGUCGUAAAAUGUAUUUCAUCCAGCACGGACGGGUCAGCGUACUAACUCGUGGCAACAAGGAGACCAAGCUCAGCGAUGGGUCAUACUUUGGAGAGAUCUGUCUGUUGACGCACGGCAGGAGGACAGCUAGUGUCCGAGCAGAUACAUACUGUAGACUUUACUCCCUCAGUGUGGACAGUUUCAAUGAGGUUCUGGAAGAGCAUCCCAUGAUGAGACGGGCUUUCGAGACGGUGGCGGCAGACAGACUCGAUCGCAUCGGUAAGAAGAACUCGAUUUUGUUGCGCAAGACCUCACAGGGAGGAUCUGUAGCAGGCAGCAGUUUGGGACGGGGUGGAGGGAGCCACGGAGGAGGAGCAGGAGGCGCCGGUCUGAGUUCUUGCGACAGUGUUCUGGUCCAGCAGAUCGUGAAGCACGAUAGCAUGCCUGCCAUGCAGGACAUCGCCGCUGGCACCCGAGGCAGCACGGGAGGCACGGUCUCACCCCGACCUCAUCCGGUGAUCUGGGCACCACUGGUCCAUGCUCCCCUCCAGACGGCCGCUGCCACCACCAACGUGGCCAUUGCCUUGAUGCAUCAGCAACAGCAGCAGCAACAGUUGGCUCAGCUC